AUGGAACUAGUUUUGGUUCUGCUUCUGGCCACAACUGUGUAUGGCUGUGGUACGCCCACCUAUCCUCCAAACACCAACAGGGUGGUGAAUGGGGAAGAGGCUCUGCCCCACAGCUGGCCCUGGCAGGCUUUGCUGGAGACAUUUUACCCGGUGUGUGGUGCCACACUCAUCGCUCCUAACUGGGUGCUCACAGCUGCACACUGCAUCAACUUCCACACCUACAGGGUCGUCCUUGGCGAUCACGAUCAGAAUAAACAAGAGGGCCCAGAGCAGUAUAUGAUGGUGCAGAAAAUGAUCUUGCAUCCCAAAUGGAAUGACAACUGUGUGUCCUGCGGGUUUGACAUUGCUCUCCUUAAGCUGGAGAAGAGUGCCAUCUUGAAUGACAAGGUGCAGUUGGCGUGUUUGCCACAGGCUGACUCUGUUCUUGCUCACGAUCAUCCCUGCUACACCACUGGCUGGGGCAGACUCUCCACUGGUGGUCCCCGUCCAGACAAGCUGCAGCAGGGCCUGGUGCCUGUGGUGGAGUAUGACGUGUGCCGCCAGAAUGACUGGUGGGGCUCCAGUGUUAAGCCCACCAUGGUGUGCGUGGGGGGAGACACUGUAUCAAUGUGCCACGGUGACUCCGGGGGGCCUCUGAACUGCCAGGGCCGCGAUGGAAAGUGGUACGUGGAGGGGGUGAGCAGCUUUGUGAGCGGCAAGGGCUGCAACACUCCCAUGAAGCCUAGCGUGUUCACCAGAGUGGCAUCCUACAUCCCCUGGAUCUCCCAGACCAUGGCCAGCAACUGAGGACAAGUCGUACCUCUCAAUGCCAUACUUCAAAUACAUUCAAGCAAUUUAUGUGGAUUU